UAUUAUUCAUAGUGCGCAUGCGCGAAUAGUUUCUAGUGAAAACAAUUUUAUAACUGAGAACUCGAUAAAGGCGAAAAAUGUCGUUCAGAGACUUGAGAAAUUUCACAGAAAUGAUGCGAGCCCUGGGCUAUGGCCGUCUUAUAUCAAUGGAAAAUUUCAGAAAUCCAAACUUUCCUCUUGUGGCUGAAGUUUUGAAAUGGCUUGUAAAAAGGUAUGACCCGAGUGCCGAUGUACCUGGUGACACUGAUACAGAGCAAGAUAGGAUCAUCUUCAUCAAGUCAGUAGCAGAAUUCAUGGCAACUAAGGCCCAUAUCAAGUUGAACACAAAGAAACUGUACCAGGCAGACGGCUAUGCAGUGAAAGAAUUAUUGAGAGUUACAUCGGUCCUUUACAACGCCAUGAAGACCAAUAUUGUUGAUCAGGCAGAUGAAACAAGCGCUGAAAAUGAUGGGUCUUCAUUAUCUUUCGAUAUUUCAUCUAGAAUAAGUGAGCUUAAGGAGGCAAGGCGUCUGGCGUCGGAGAUCACCAGCAAGGGGGCGGGCUUGUAUGAUCUGCUGGGCAAGGAGGUGGAUCUCAGGGAGCAGAGAACUCUGGUGAUUGCUAAACAGUUGGAGAUCAAUGAAGUGGAGUCCAGUCUAGCAGCUUCUAUUAAAGCAGUUGAGAAUGAGAUCCGUAAGACGCUGCACAUGUUGGACAACGUGGCGUCAGAUGAAGCGAACCUUGAGGCAAAGAUUGAGAAGAAGAAGAAUGAGCUUGAACGAAACCAGAAACGUCUACAGACCUUACAGAGUGUCAGGCCAGCGUACAUGGAUGAAUACGAGAAACUAGAGGAGGAUCUUCAGAAGUUAUAUGAUGCUUACCUGAUACGGUUCCGCAAUCUUACCUACCUGGAGUCUCAACUGGAGGAAUACAAUAGAGUGGAGCAGGAUAAAUCAGAGGAGACGGAGUCAAGGUUGCAGGAGAUGGCCAACAAGCUGAAGAGUGAUGAAUCACAGAGGCUCUCCUUGGCUGAAAAAGAUGCUUCUGAGGAUGAGGGUGAGGAAAGUGGUGAUGAUGACGAUGAGGAUGAUGAUGAGGAUGAAGAUGGGAUAGAGGGUGGCACCAGACCUGUUGCCAGAAGGAACAGACCCACAGAUCGAGCCAAGGAUAUCGCGGCUGGGGCAGGUGGGCGGGUCCAGGGUAACAUGAUGGGAAACAUCAGUGAGGAAGAAGGGUCAGAUGAUUCAGGUGAUUCAGAUAUCGACCUUGAUGAAGACGAUCAGGAUGAUGAUGAUGACGAUGGUGACAGCGACGACAUUGAGAUGCCAGCCCAGAAUCCGCGUCGACGACAUCCCCAACCUACAGAUCUCAACGAAAGUGAUAACGACUUUUAACUGAGCUCUCGUGUUAUUAAUGGAUAGACUAUUGGUCAUUCCAGUCAAUGUGAUAACUUAUUUUUAUACUAGAUAUGAACUGUAACAAUGUGUGAUGAAUUAUUAUUAGAGUUGUGUAUAAUGUUAAAGAUUAAUUAUCUUUGAGCAUUUAUAAAGUGAAUGAUCACUAAAAUAGGUUCCUUAAUUUGGUAUUUUAUGCAUUGAUAAUGAUACAGGUUUAUAAAUUUUGUGACUGAAUUGUACUAAACUUUCUACAACAGAACAGUUGCAAUUGUGUUAAAAUUCCGUCCAUGUUAGUGUUAACAUUAUUGCAAAAAAGUGUUUUACUUCGUUUGUUUAUUCUUAAAAGAAUAAACUUUAAUGUUUAAAUCUUUUAUUUCUAUGUACAAAGUGUAGCUUUGGACUUUUUGCACCAGUGUUCAGCAUUAAUUUUAUAUCAAUAUUUUAUUUUUUUUAAUCUUCACUAUCUCUAAUAAUCAUUCACUCUUCAGUUAAAAGAAAAAAAGUCACUAGAUGUUCCAAAUAUCUAGCUUUUGGGUGCAGUUUAACUAUUUUUAAGAAAACAAUUAUAUCAAGAAAAAAAUUAUUGAGUUAUUAUAAAUGUAGUAUUGAUAUCUAGACAUUGAUCAUAUUUUCGGAUAUCGAUAAUUUUAUGUUUUGAUGUCAAGAAAUGAUUUCUCAAGUCAAAACUUCAAAUUUAUGAUUUAAAAAAAUACUGACUAUAUAUUUAUUUUAAUUAGUCGAAUUAUUGAUCGGAAAAUCAGUUAUUGCUUUAAAAAAAUCUUUCUUAUAAAAAACUCAAUAUGGAUAUCAAGAUAUUGAAUUAUUUACAAACAUUUCUUAAAAAUAGUAGAUUGAUGCCAUAAUACUUAUAAAUACAUCAGUCAAGUACAGUAUCAAAUUAAACACUGAUUUUGUAUGGCUUAAAUUGUAAAAAUUUAAAACUAAUUUACAAUGUAUUGAUAUUUUUAGCAGGUAAUAAAAUGCAUGUAUUUUCAUUGCAAAAAUAUAUAUUAAAUUACAAAUAAUUUAUAAAC